GAGAGAGAGAUUGACUGGCCCAAAGACACCCAGCCUUAGGCUUUCAUGGCUAAACUAGAAUUUGGGGAUCCGUUCAUAUUGCUGGGCUGGAGAAUAUGAAGAAUAUAUAGAAAAAGAAGAGGGAACCCUCACCUGUGUUGUGCCCAAAAUUUGGCUCCCAUAACGCAUCUACAUCACUCUGAAGGUCUUGAGAUCCUGUCAUCUUUAACCUGACAAAGGAGCAGUAAAUGAUUAUAUCUGCCACUGGAAAAGAACCUGGGCUGCUUCUGACCACUCAACAGGAGCAGAUGUCAAGCCAAGCACUACUAAGGGAAGGAGGGGAAGGGUCAAAGUUGCCUGAUAAAGAAGAGCUGAACAGAAAGAUUAAAGAGCAAAAAAUUGUAGUUGAUGAAAUUUCCAACUUGAAGAAGAACCGGAAAGUAUACAGACAACAACCAAACAGCAACAUAUUCUUCCUAGCAGACAAAACUCAAACUCUCUCCGAAUGCAAAAUUACUUUAGAUGAACUAAAGAAGGCUCAUCAAGAAAUAGAGAACCCAGAAAAGACCAAGACCAAGAAAUAAAUAAGUCCAGUACAAGUUUACAAUGUGUGGAAUUUGCUGUGUGAUCAGCUUAUCUGCUUAUGCCCCUGGAAGUAGCAUCUUGGAAGAAGAUAUCCUAAAUAAUCUUAAAAGAAGGGGGCCCAAUAGAAGCCAACAACUGGAAAAGGCUGUAUUUCAUAUUCCAUAUUGGUGCUUAUUUUCUGGCCAUGUACUUCAUUUAAGGGGGCCAAUGACUUCGCAGCCAUUGGAAGCCUCUGGUAAUGUAUUCCUUUGGAAUGGAGAAAUCUUCGGUGGGAUUUCUAUGGAAAGGGAAGAGAAUGACACUCAAGUUAUUUUUCGCCGUCUCUGCUCUUGCAAUAGUGACUCUGAUUUUUUGACAGCCCUGUCCUCCGUUCAAGGUCCAUGGUCUUUCAUUUUUUAUCAGGCAUCCAGGCAUUGCUUAUGGUUUGGCAGGGACUAUUUUGGCCGUCGAAGUCUGCUGUGGCAGUUUAAUAAAGAGGGUAAUGCUGUUCUUGCAUUGAGUUCUGUUAGUUCUGCCUCUCAUCAUCCGUGGCUGGAAGUUCCAGCAUCGGGGAUUUUUCAGAUGAAUCUGCAGGAUUGUGUUGCUCAUAAAUCUAUUACUUUAAUGUUGCAUCCUUGGAGAUUUCCUCCCAGACAAAAUGUAGUUGGAGAAGUAGCCCCUGGAGAUUUAAGCAUGGUUUCUAAAUCUUUACCUGCUUAUGUGUCUCUUGUGAUGAAGAUAUCCACUUCUUUGAUAGCUCCUGUCAUUCCUUUAAAUAAGGAAUUUUCUGACAUGACAGUAGAAUCCCAAUCAUUUAGUUUUCCCUCGACUAUAGCCGAUGUGGAAGUUCUUCAAAAAUUUCUUACAGAGCCUCACAGGAAGGAAAGAGUCCAUCAGUUUAUUGAUGUAUUGAGUAGAGCUGUAAAGAAACGGGUUUUAUGCCUAAUGAGAAACAGUCAUCCAAUCAGAGAAGAAACAUCAGAGAAAGACCUGAAGAAAUCGUAUAUUGCCAUACUUUUUUCUGGUGGCCUUGAUUCUAUGAUUAUAGCUGCCCUUGCUGACAGGUAUGUCCCCUUGGAGGAACCAAUUGAUCUUCUCAACGUGGCCUUCGAAGUUACAGGCCAAGGUACCCAACACAAUUCCAUUAAGAAAUACAGCAAAGAGAAGAGACAAUUUCCCCCUUGUCAGGAAUGUUUAAAUGUCAAGAAUACUGCGACCAGUGACUCUUCUUCUUUUAAUGCUCCUGAUAGAAUUACUGGCAAGGCAGGAUUAGAAGAAUUAAAGAUAAUUAAUCCUUCAAGAACUUGGAAUUUUGUGGAAAUCAACGUUACGCUCGAGGAUUUAAAAGCAAUGAGAGUGAAACAUAUAAGACACUUAAUUUAUCCACUGGAUACUGUUUUGGAUGACAGUAUAGGUUGUGCCGUAUGGUUUGCUUCCAGAGGAGAGGGUCUGCUUACCAAUCAGGGAGCCGUUCAACCAUAUAAAAGCCCUGCAAAGGUUGUCCUUACAGGAAUUGGAGCAGAUGAACAACUUGCAGGGUAUUCCAGGCACCGAGUUUGCUUCAAAAAAAGUGGUUUUGAGGGUUUGACUGAAGAAUUAAGAAUGGAACUAAGUCGUAUUUCUUCUAGGAAUCUGGGUCGAGAUGAUAGAGUUAUUGGAGAUCAUGGCAGAGAAGCUAGGUAA